UUAUAAAGUAAAAGCAGUAUUAGAAAAUGCUAACUAAAUUUGAUAACAAGUCUAACAUAUUACAGAAGAAAGAAACUCGGGAGAUACUACCAGAAAAUGAGAGUGGACAUGACUUGUUAGAAGAACUUCCUAAGAAUCAACUAUAUGAGAAGUCCGAUAGCCUAACAAAUGAGUUUGGGUUACCUAAAAGUAUUGAAGAUGAUAAGAGGUACAUUAAGACUUCUCAAGCAUUUCCUUGAGAAUAUUUCAAACACAAAGAAAUUUUACAGAAGUCAGAAAGUCUUGAGAGAAAAGAUAUCCCUACUUUUGGUGAUGCUUUUGGUGAUAAGGCGAGUGACAUAUCAAUGCCUCAGCAAAAUUUUUGAAUGAAUCUUUCUCAGGAUUUUAUGCUAACAAAUUCCAAAGAAAAUGAGAGGAGCAGUUUUAUCCUAAAAUCUGAGAAAGAUACUAUCUCAAUGAAACAAGGAGGUUUCUCUUGCACUAGUGUAUUAAAGUGUAAGGAUACUGCUUCCUGAAAGUCACAUAAUCAAAUUUACAUGAAUAGUUCAUCAAAUUGCUAUGCUAAAUCUGAAAGUGGAGAGUCUCUGCAUCUAUUCAGGAAGAUGACCAAGGACACCUUUUCCCUAAGUGAUGGGACUUCUGAGAAGAGUUAUAACAUGUUUAUUCUUGAUAAGAGAUCAGAGGUCUUACAUCUAGGAAAUCAAGACUUUGAAAGUCAAUUCAAUAAUAGAAACCUUGUUUGAGGAUCUUCAUUUUGUCAAAAUUCAAAGAGACUUCAAGGCUCGAAUAAUCAGCAAGAAAGCUCAGAUAAGGUAGAAAUCGCCUGAGACCUCAGUAACUCUGUUGAGAAUAUCGAUUUUAUAUUUUGAGAUUUAAGUCAAACUCCUUUUAAUUUACCUGAAAUCAAUGAUGUUGAGUUUGACCACGAUAUUUUUGAUAGAAUAAUGGAAAGCUCAGUUAUCAAAAACAAAGAAACUUCAGAACAGAAUGAAUGAAAAAUCAAGCAUCAGAUCCCCAGUAUUUCUGAUAUGGUGUCUUGCAGUAUUUUCAAAAAUAGAUCUGGCUCACAUAAUUCAAAGAAAAUUUUUAUAAAUGUCGGUGACAAAUACGACGGAGAACGAGCAUGGAAGAAGAUCUACCAGCUUUCUUCUCAUCUCCAAAAAUGCAGCAGGGAGGAGCUUAUCUCAUACGUAGCUAGGAUCAAGAAGAACCAGAAUAUGCGAGGUUCUAAAAGAAAUGAUUGCUCAUCUCAGAGAACUCCUGAUUCAUCGCUCUUUGAGUAUAAAGCCCCAAUCUUGAGCUCUAAGAGCUCUAUAGUAUAUCCCUGUAGGCUCCAGCAGAGGAUCUUCAGGAUGUUCUGGAAGUGUUUCAAGCUAGACUUUGAAGAGUUCCUCAAGACUAAAAAUAUCAUCUUUAAUAGAGUUGCCAAGGAUAUGAGCCAGGAUACUUUCAACGACUUCCUAAUUGAGUUCCUGGACUAUUAUUAUCCAAAUAUUUUGGAAAAACUCGAUGAUGAGGUCUUAGAAAAAGUCAUGGAAACCAUGACUCUGUUUAUCCUUAAGGACAGGCAUAGAAAAGACUAUAAAAUUACUGAAGGACUUGACUUUGAAUCAUGGAAUAGUCUAGUGAACAAACCUAAAUCAGAGAAGUUCAUUGAAUUCUUCAGCCUCCCAGAGAACUCCUUUAUUUAUUGAUUCUUCUUCUACAAAGAGUGAAAAUAUCUUGUUGAAGAUCCGAGAAAUUCUGUGUGAAGGAAAAACUCAAAGGACUCAAAGGAGAGUCUUAGUCUUUUUAACCAAAUGCAUGAGCUAUUCAAUGAGUUCCAAAUCUUCAUUCCUUCAGAAGUGAGGCAGGAGAUAGCUGAAUCUACUGCUUUAUACCUUCAGAGGAUAUAAGACUGCUAGGAUUAUCAGCCAGCUGGGAUAGAAGUUCAUACACCAAUUUACCAACUGGUGUAUGAACUUGUAACUUCCCAUCUCAAAGCUAGAAGGUCUAGGUUUACCUUGACCUCUAGUGUAGAGCUGGGGCUAAUUUAUUCGAUCUCAACUCUCUAUCCUUCCAGAUUUGAAAAUUGAGGUCGGCAUAAAAUUCG